CUACUCCUACUAAUGACCUUUUUCAAAAAAAACCACUUUUCUCUCAACUGACCCCCCCCGCGUUUUCUCUCACUCCUCACCCCCACCCUGUCAUGCCAAUCAUCAACAACUCUCCUCUCUCCUACCCCCUCACCACCACCGCCACCGCCCACGGCGGACUUACAACAACCCACUGAGCCAUGGGAAACUGCGCCGCCUGCAUAAGACCGGAAACCCCCAAAACCAAACCCCAGAACAAGAACAAGAACAAGAACAAACCCACCCGGCACCACCACACCCGACCCAACCCGUACUCCGACUCCCCCGCCCCGAUCCGGGUCCUGAAAGACUUCGUCCCCUCAGGCCACCACCGCACCCGGAUCACCGACAAGUACAUCCUGGGCCGCGAGCUGGGCCGGGGCGAGUUCGGCGUCACCUACCUCUGCACCGACCGCGAGACCCGCGAGGCCCUCGCCUGCAAAUCCAUAUCGAAGAAGAAGCUCCGAACAGCUGUAGAUAUAGAGGAUGUGCGAAGAGAGGUCCAGAUCAUGUCGUGCCUACCCGACCACCCGAACAUAGUCCGUUUGAGGGCGACGUACGAGGACAAUGAAGCGGUGCACUUGGUGAUGGAGUUGUGCGAGGGAGGGGAGCUUUUCGAUAGGAUAGUGGCGAGGGGGCAUUACAGCGAGCGGGCGGCUGCCGGGGUGGCGAGGACGGUGGCGGAGGUGGUGAGGAUGUGUCACGAGAAUGGGGUCAUGCACAGGGAUUUGAAGCCGGAGAAUUUCUUGUUUGCUAAUAAGAAGGAGAACGCGCCGUUGAAAGCGAUCGAUUUCGGGCUUUCAGUGUUCUUCAAGCCCGGGGAGAGGUUUUCAGAGAUUGUGGGUAGUCCAUACUAUAUGGCGCCUGAGGUUUUAAAGAGGAAUUAUGGACCAGAGGUUGAUAUAUGGAGUGCCGGUGUGGUUCUUUACAUUUUGUUAUGUGGGGUUCCUCCAUUUUGGGCAGAAACUGAACAGGGUGUUGCUCUGGCAAUUCUGCGGGGGGUGAUUGAUUUCAAGAGGGAACCAUGGCCUCAAAUUUCUGAUAGUGCCAAGAACCUUGUUCGGCAGAUGUUAGAGCCGAAUCCAAGAAAGCGGUUGACUGCCCAACAGGUUCUUGAACACCCCUGGAUAUUAAAUGCGAAAAAAGCUUCAAAUGUCCCAUUGGGAGAUAUAGUGAGAACUAGGCUCAAGCAGUUCUCCGUGAUGAACAGAUUCAAAAAGAAAGCUUUGAGAGUAAUUGCGGAGCACUUAUCGGUUGAAGAGGUUGAAGUAAUAAGAGACAUGUUUACGUUAAUGGACACUGACAAUGAUGGAAAAGUAACAUACGAGGAACUGCGGGCAGGUCUUCGUAAAGUCGGGUCGCAAUUGGCUGAACCGGAGAUGAAGUUGCUGAUGGAUGUGGCUGAUGUUGAUGGGAAUGGAGUGCUGGAUUAUGGAGAGUUCGUAGCGGUAACCAUCCAUCUCCAGAGGAUGGAGGAUGACGCACAUUUCCGCAGAGCAUUUAUGUAUUUCGAUAAAGAUGGUAGUGGGUACAUUGAACUUGAUGAGUUACAAGAAGCCUUGGCAGAUGAAUCUGGAGUAACUGAUGCUGAUGUGGUAAAUGAGAUCAUGCGAGAGGUUGAUGCAGACAAGGAUGGGCAAAUCAGUUAUGACGAAUUUGUUGCAAUGAUGAAAGCUGGAACGGAUUGGAGAAAGGCAUCUCGGCAGUAUUCAAGGGAGAGAUUCAAGAGCUUGAGCCUUAAUCUGAUGAAAGAUGGUUCAUUGCAGCUUGCGGAUGGGAUAACUGGUCAAACUGUUGUGGUUUGAGCUUACGGUUUAUACUUCCGGAAAUUCCUAUGAAUUGUUGCUCUCAUCAUCGAUACAACCAAUACAUGGAAGGUUCAGUGGCAGCGGUUCCAUAUGCUCGACAUCCCGAAAUAUUCUUUUGAUUUCGUUUGGUGGGAUUUGUUUUCUUAUUUUUUGGCAAUACAAAGUGUGGCAUGGAUUGGAGAAUCCCGUUCUGUUGGAAGCAAUUGUGCAGGCAAAUGUUAGAGUUUUUCAAAUUUGUGUCGUUCUGUAUAUUGGUUUUGUUAUUUGUGUUUGAUGAAUAGAAAGGCAUGGUGCUUUCCUACCUUUUGUGUAAGAGACUUAAAAUUUCAGUUU